CUCCUGUAGGCUGUAGGGGGGGGAGGGGUCCGAAGCAGCAGUUUGCUAUAUAUUGAGCCGUUUGUCUGCAGACACACUACUGAUCACCUCGCUGCACACACAAACACGCACUGGUCCUGCCGUCACGUUAUCAACAUGGACCUAAAGAUAGAGUUUGACAAUUAUGACUAUUCUGACAACGGUACUGACAACAUCUCAGAGCAGUCUGGAGAAUUUUACCAGGACAACUACCAGGAGUCGUGCGGCAGAGCGCUCAGCAGCGACUUCAACAAGAUCUUCCACCCGACAGUUUACGGGAUUAUAUUUGUUCUGGGAAUCUUUGGCAAUGGAUUAGUCGUCGUCGUCAUGGGCUACCAGAAAAAGGUCAAAACGAUGACGGACAAGUACCGGCUCCACCUCUCUGUGGCUGACCUCCUGCUCGUCCUCACGCUGCCCUUCUGGGCUGUGGACGCGGCCAGCAACUGGUACUUUGGAGGCUUCCUCUGUGUGUCCGUGCACGUGAUCUACACCUUGAACCUGUACAGCAGCGUGCUCAUCCUGGCCUUCAUCAGUCUGGACAGAUACUUGGCAGUUGUGCGGGCAACAAACAGCCAAGCCACGAGGAAGCUGCUUGCCAGCAAGGUGAUCUACGUGGGUGUGUGGCUGCCUGCAGCUGUGCUGACUGUACCUGACCUGGUGUUUGCCAGGGUGCAAGACAGCAGGUCUUCAAGCUACAAUCUAGAUCAACAUGAAAGCCUGGGGACGGCAGACUCAAGGAUCGUCUGCCAGCGCUUCUUCCCGUAUGAAAGCCAAGUCAUAUGGACAGCCAUUUUCCACUUCCAGCACAUCCUGGUGGGCUUCGUACUGCCCGGUUUUGUCAUCCUCAUCUGCUACUGCAUCAUCAUCGCCAAGCUGUCGAAAGGCUCCAAGGGUCAGGCUCUGAAGAAGAAGGCGCUGAAGACCACGGUCAUCCUCAUCCUCUGUUUCUUCUUCUGCUGGCUUCCCUACUGCGUGGGCAUCUUUGUGGACACCCUGAUGCUGCUGAACGUGUUCUCUGCCUCGUGUGAACUGCAGCACGGGGUGGAGAAGUGGCUUUCUAUCACAGAGGCGCUGGCUUAUUUCCACUGCUGCCUGAACCCCAUCCUCUACGCUUUCCUGGGAGUUAAGUUCAAGAAAUCAGCCCGGAAUGCGCUGACAGCCAGCAGCAGAUCGAGUCAGAAAGCGACUCUCAUGACAAAAAAGCGUGGGCCAAUUUCAUCCGUGUCUACUGAGUCCGAGUCCUCAAGUGUUUUGUCAAGUUAACAAACAGUCAAACUCUGUGACUUGAUACUCUCAGGAGAGAAACUAAGCUUCAAUUUUCAAAGAACUUACUACAUUUUGUACAGAUGUAAAAAGAAAGAAAGAAGAGUUUUUAUACUUUUUGAUUUGUUCGCCUUGUUUGCUGCAAUUGUGGUUUUUAUUGUAAUGUGUGCAACUUUUAUGCUCCUCAAAUCAGAUUGUGUCCUCAGGCAGUGCCUCAUUCAGCUUUACAAUUUUCCCCUGUUUUCAUCUUUACAAUCUGUGCUGCUGUUUCAAAAGCUCAGGCAAAACAACGCCCUGUUCUGUUUUUCAUGGAUGGGAGCUGCUCUCGGAAACCUGUACAUAUAGUUUGUAGCAUUUGUGUGUGUUCGCACUUAAGUUGUGUGAUUCUCUGAAAAGCUAUUAUUUAUUGUUGUCACUCACACUGGACGUUUUGUAAAAGAAACUGCAUGCUGCUUUUUUUAAAAUAUUUCGAAUUUGUUGUUUUUGUAAUGUAAAAAAUAAAAAAAUCUUCUCAUAA